AUGAAUUUAGCAAUGUUAACAAGGGCUGGUAAUACAGUUUUGCGAUCAUCUACUCUGAUACCACUUAGAUCAGCAUCGCAAAUCAAGUAUAUAAAUGUAAACAGGGAUAAUGAAUUUGAAAAUAUAAGUUGGGGAGCAAUGACAGAUCAAGCUAUUUCCUAUGCAUUUGUUACUGAAUUAUGUAGAGGUGCUGCUGUAUCAUUGGCUCAUUUUUUCAAGGAACCAGCUACCAUCAACUAUCCAUUUGAGAAGGGACCUUUAUCACCUCGUUUCCGAGGAGAACAUGCUCUUAGACGUUACCCAUCUGGUGAAGAGAGAUGCAUUGCCUGCAAACUGUGUGAAGCUAUAUGUCCAGCCCAAGCUAUCACUAUUGAAGCGGAAGAAAGAGCUGAUGGAAGUCGCCGUACAACACGUUAUGAUAUUGAUAUGACAAAAUGUAUAUACUGUGGUUUUUGUCAAGAAGCAUGUCCCGUAGAUGCCAUUGUUGAAGGUCCAAAUUUUGAAUACUCUACUGAAACUCAUGAAGAACUUUUGUACAACAAGGAAAAGUUAUUAAAUAAUGGUGAUAAAUGGGAAUCAGAAAUUGCUGCUAAUAUACAUGCUGAUCAUCUAUACCGUUAA